AUGACAGUGUUGCUUAGUAAUCUCAGCCUUGAUGAAGCACUCUUAGGGGAGGCUCAAAUUCCUAAGACAUACUCAGAGGAAGAAAUACUCAGGUUGACGUUGGAGAGCUUGUACAUGAUAAAGAACCUGUCAAACAAAUUGUAUUUGAAGGAAAAAUUCUUUACUUUCAAGAUGCACGAAGGUAAAUAUUUACAAGAGCAUAUUGAUGAGUUUAAUAAACUUUGUCUAGAUCUAGAAAAUAUUCAGGUUGAGUAUGAUGGUGAGGACAAGGCACUACUCCUCUUACACUCAUUGCCAAAGUCUUAUGAGACUUUUGUGGAUAUUUUUAAGUACGGUAGGGAGACUAUCUCUUUGGAAGAUGUUGUUGGUUCUUUGAAUUCAAAAGAGUUACAACAGAAAAAUAAGCAAUGGAUUAUGGACUCCGGGUGUUCAUUUAACAUGAUACCUAAUAAGGAUUGGUUUGAAAGCUACACAAAGAUUGAUGAUGGUCAAGUGUUGCUUGGAAACAACAAGCCAUGCACGAUUGUGGGAAUUAAAACAGUUAGGAGCAAGAUGCAUGGUGGAGUGGAGAGGACACUUACUGAGGUUAGACAUAGUCCUAAGUUAAAGAGGAAUCUCAUUUCUCUUGGAACGUUGGAUCAUCGCAAUUUUAGCUAUAAAUGCGUUGAUGGUGUAUUAAAAUUCUCAAAAGGUCUGUGGUUGUGA